AUGGUGACCGCGUAGUUCCUUUUGCUCAGACGUUUGAAAGCUGGCACGGUGAGCGCGCGGCUAAUCGGGUUGUCGUGCCUCCCAUCCUGACUGAAUAUACUGUAACGUGACAAGCAUGGAGCUAAAUGAUGCUAACCUCCAAACCCUCACCGAGUUCCUCAGGAAAACACUGGACCCAGAUCCAGCAGUCAGACGUCCAGCUGAAAAGUUUCUUGAAUCAGUGGAGGGUAACCAGAACUAUCCGUUGUUACUGCUCACUAUGCUGGAGAAGUCCCAAGACCAGGUCAUUCGAGUCUGUGCUGCGGUUACCUUCAAGAAUUACAUAAAAAGAAACUGGCGCAUUGUUGAAGAUGAACCAAACAAAGUCUCUGAUGCAGACCGAACAGCGAUCAAAGCCAACAUAGUCAAUUUGAUGCUAAGCAGCCCAGAACAGAUUCAAAAACAGUUGAGUGAUGCCAUCAGUAUCAUAGGAAGGGAAGACUUCCCUCAGAAAUGGCCCGACCUGCUAACUGAGAUGGUGAACCGCUUCAUAAGUGGAGACUUUCACAUCAUCAAUGGAGUGCUUCGUACUGCACAUUCUCUCUUUAAAAGGUACCGCCAUGAGUUUAAGUCAAACGAGCUUUGGACAGAGAUCAAACUAGUGCUGGAUACGUUUGCCCUUCCUCUGACGGAGCUGUUCAAGGCCACUAUUGAGUUGUGUCAGACUCAUGCUACAGAUGUCAAUGCCUUGAAGGUCCUCUUCUCUUCCCUCACACUCAUCUCCAAGCUCUUCUACAGUCUGAACUUCCAGGACCUUCCAGAGUUUUUCGAAGACAACAUGGAAACGUGGAUGACCAAUUUUCACGGCCUACUAACUUUGGAUAAUAAACUUUUACAAACAAAUGACGAGGAGGAAGCAGGUCUCCUGGAGCUGCUGAAGUCUCAGAUCUGUGACAAUGCAGCUCUCUACGCUCAGAAGUACGAUGAAGAGUUCCAGCCCUAUCUGCCGCGCUUUGUCACGGCCAUCUGGAACCUUUUAGUUUCUACUGGCCAGGAAGUCAAAUAUGACCUGCUUGUGAGCAAUGCUAUCCAGUUCUUGGCAUCGGUGUGUGAAAGGCCACACUACAAGCAUCUAUUUGAGGACCAGAACACGCUCACUAGCAUCUGUGAGAAGGUCAUUGUGCCCAACAUGGAGUUCAGAAGUGCAGAUGAGGAGGCCUUUGAAGAUAACUCUGAGGAAUACAUCCGGAGGGACCUUGAAGGAUCUGACAUUGACACUCGUCGUAGGGCCGCAUGUGACCUGGUGAGGGGCCUCUGUAAGUUUUUUGAGGGCCCUGUCACAGCAAUAUUCUCUGGCUAUGUGAACUCUAUGCUGGGAGAGUACGCCAAGAGCCCUGGGCAGAACUGGAAACACAAAGAUGCCGCCAUCUACUUGGUCACAUCACUGGCGUCGAAAGCACAGACACAGAAGCAUGGGAUAACACAAGCCAAUGAGUUGGUGGAUCUGAAUGAGUUCUUUGUGAACCACAUUCUCUCAGACCUAAAAUCCCCCAAUGUCAACGAGUUCCCAGUGUUGAAGGCAGACGCCAUCAAGUAUGUCAUGAUCUUCAGAAGCCAGCUGCCCAAGGAGCAGCUGCUGCAGGCCGUUCCUCUGCUGAUAAGUCACCUGCAGGCGGAGAGCACAGUGGAGCACACGUACGCUGCCCACGCUCUGGAGAGGCUGUUCACCAUGAGAGGCCCCAACAACUCCACACUUAUCACGCCCGCAGAGAUGGCCCCUUUUACUGAACAGCUGCUAAACAACUUGUUCAAGGCAUUGGCUCUUCCUGGGUCUGAAGAAAAUGAAUACAUCAUGAAAGCCAUCAUGCGCAGCUUCUCCCUGCUGCAGGAUGCCAUCGUCCCCUACAUUCCCACUCUGAUUGGUCAACUCACUCAUAAGCUCCUCUUAGUCAGCAAGAAUCCCAGCAAGCCUCACUUUAACCACUACCUGUUCGAGUCCUUGUGCCUGUCGGUCCGGAUCACCUGCAAGGCCAACCCCACCACGGUCAGCAGCUUCGAGGAAGCACUGUUCCCCGUCUUCACUGAGAUCCUGCAGAACGAUGUCCAGGAGUUUCUUCCCUACGUGUUCCAGGUGAUGUCUCUCCUCCUAGAGAUCCACUCCAACUCUAUUCCCUCCUCCUACAUGGCGUUAUUCCCUCACCUGCUGCAGCCCGUGCUCUGGGAGCGGACAGGGAACAUUCCCCCUCUCGUGCGCCUGCUUCAGGCUUACUUGGAGAAGGGAGGUGCCUCUAUUGCCAGCUCUGCUGCUGAUAAAAUCCCCGGCUUGCUUGGAGUUUUCCAAAAGCUUAUCGCCUCCAAGGCCAACGACCACCAAGGUUUCUACCUGAUCAACAGCAUCAUAGAGUACAUGCCCGCAGAGUCUAUCACUCAGUACAGGAAACAGAUCUAUAUUUUGCUCUUCCAGAGGCUCCAAGGCUCCAAAACCACCAAGUUCAUCAAGAGCUUCUUAGUGUUUAUCAACCUGUAUUGUGUCAAAUACGGAGCCAUUGCACUUCAGGAGAUGUUCGACAGCAUCCAGCCAAAGAUGUUUGGUAUGGUGUUGGAGAAAAUAAUUAUCCCAGAGGUUCAGAAGGUGUCUGGACCGGUUGAAAAGAAGAUCUGCGCUGUUGGCAUCACAAAAAUCCUUACUGAAUGUCCGUCAAUGAUGGACACGGAGUACACUAAACUUUGGACCCCUCUGCUCCAGGCUCUCAUUGGUUUCUUUGAGCUGCCAGAAGAUGACAGCAUCCCGGAUGAUGAGCACUUCAUUGACAUUGAAGACACACCAGGCUAUCAGACGGCCUUUUCACAGCUGGCCUUUGCCGGGAAGAAGGAGCACGACCCGAUAGGAGACGCUGUCGGCAACCCCAAGAUCCUGCUGGCCCAGUCGCUCCACAAACUCUCUACUGCCUGUCCGGGAAGGGUUCCCUCAAUGCUGAGCACCAGUCUGAAUGCAGACGCCCUCCAGUUCCUGCAGGGUUACUUACAGGCAGCCACUGUGCAGUUGGUUUGAACCCGAUGUGAUGGGGUUCACUUAAUAAGGAGUACAAUACACUGCAGGAGUAUCCACUGUGGCCACACGACAGAACUGCUUCAGCUGAAUUUGAAUCUUAAUAGAUUUGGUUUGACUGCUUUCUGAUGGUUUUGCCUGAAUUUAGGGUGUUUUCUCAGAUGCAAGCUGUUUUUAAGGGUUUUUAAAGACAUGACCAAAAGUUGACUCGACUGAAUUGCGGUUUUGCGUUUGAGCCCUUUGUUUGCUGUGUGGCAAAGACUAACAAGGAUUUGGAUUACAAGUUUCCAUACAAUUGUCAGUUUAUUACAGUAACGGCAGCAGCAGAGGUACACUUCAGCAGUAUUGUGGGAACGCUGAACAUCACAAUCACAUGGGAGGGGUUUAUUUAGCGCUUCUUUUGUAUGAUUGAAUUCCUUUUACAUUUUUGAAAAACUGUAAUCUGUGGCUUAAACAUUACAUCAUAUUUUUCUGUUGCAUGUUACCCCGCCAACUGGUCAUUGUCAAGUCUUCGUUUCCCCACUGUUUGUUAAUGUGAAUAAACAGGCACUUGUAUAGCUCUG